AUGAGCUUCUCAGAGGAGCAGCUCGUCCAGAUGGUCCAGGACUUCAUGGAAUCGGGCUCCCCGGAGACGACGCCGGGUUGCAACUCCUGCACCCCGGCGUUCUCUCUCCACCAGCACACCUUCCUCGCGCUAGAGGUGAGCUUUCUCUUCGCUCUCCUUCCAUGUGGCCGGAACCGAGAGGGUCGCUGAUGAGCUUUACGUUCUGGAGUUUUAGGGUUUGCUGGCCUGCGCCACGGACGUCGAAAUGGAAUUGUUCGAGAAGGCGGCGAGGUAUGUUCUGGACAUGGGCAGUGAGGGUAGGAGCAGCGUGAGGAAGAGGUUGACGAUGAGGCUGCGGAUGGACGGCUACAACGCCUCCCUGUGCCGAUCUUCUUGGGUUUCCACUUUGGAGUGCCCUGGGGGUGCAGCCUCAUUCUUUCCCCCUUUGUUCCUAGCUCUGUCCGCCUUCCCCCGGCCCGCCAUCGCUCCUCUCAUCCGGUCUUCACUUGCUGGCCAGGGGACUACGAGUACGUUGACGUUCUGGUGGAGGCAAAGAAGGGAGGCGGAGCCCCCAGGAGGAUCAUCGUGGAUGUAGACUUCAGGUCCCAGUUUGAGUUGGCGAGGCCCACUGCGACGUAUGCGCGGCUGUCGGGUACCCUUCCUCCCAUCUUCGUUGGGGCGGAGGAGAAGCUACGGAGGAUAAUCCCUCUGCUCUGUGCGGCGGCGCAGGAGUCCCUGCGGGAGAGGGGCCUCCACGUCCCCCCAUGGCGGCGCACCGCCUACGUGCAGUCCAAGUGGCUGUCCCACUGCCGCAAGAUCUCCUCCAUCCCGCUGCACAGUUCAACGCAGGUGGACCAGAAGCGACCCGACGGUUACAGCUCGUUCGAAGGGAGCGAACACGGCGGUGCUCCUCGGAGGCCUCGAGGGUCUGCCCUCUCCCUGCAGUUCUCUGACCUGAGCGGCUGCUGUUCAACUCCGGAGUCAUGGAGGAACAGCGUCGCCUAUCUAGAUGACGAUGGCAUCACCUUCUGA